AUGGUUGAUCAAAAAAGAGAAACUGGAGAGAAAAGCAAGAAGAGCUUGCUUUAUCCCGUGAAGUCAAGAACCCUCUCUCUCUCUUCCCACUUAGCUCUAAGUAUCUCUCCCCGCAAGUUGACAAACACGAGCGGUCUGCAAUGCAACACUUUUCAUCCCCAAGAAAAUUCGCUACUAAAUUUCUGCUUGCCUCCGUUUGGCUCUAAGUUCUCACGUAUGCAAGAGCUGAAGGGAGGACUUAUAUUAGUUUACGUCAUAAUCAAAACACGGCUUGCGUUCUGUGUGCAUGAACAUGUUACAUGGGUCUGA